CGGCAACCUAUAAGCAUUUUGUACACACUUUUUAUGUAGGAGCGUAUGGUGGAAGUGCCGGAAUGGCUCGCUGCACGGUUUAAUUCAAAAGAAUAUUCCAACACAAAAAAUAAAUUUAAAUAUGAACCAAAUAAUUUCACCUUCUCUCUCAUUUAAAAAAUUAUAAAAAAACAACCCUAAAAUUAUGUCGCCGCCGCAGCCGAACGGAAAACCCCAACAACCGAUUUCCCGGCGAAUUGUCCGAAUUACCGUUACCGACGCCGAUGCUACCGACUCUUCCAGCGACGAAGAAGCGGCCUCUCCGAAGAAAAUCCAAAAGCGACCGAAGAAAAAGCUUGUCAACGAAAUCACUAUCGGAGUUUCGACAAAAGAGAACGACGUAAUGGCUGGGUCGAGCCAGAGCAAGGUGAAGAGGUACAGAGGGGUUAGACAAAGGCCGUGGGGGAGAUGGGCGGCGGAGAUUAGGGACGGAAGGAGGAUGAGGCUUUGGCUGGGGACUUUCGAUACAGCGGAAGAAGCUGCCGUUGCUUAUGAUCAAGCGGCGGUUAAGCUGCGUGGACCUAACGCUCCUACUAACUUUAAGUUGCUUGAUUGCAACGCUGUUCAGUCCUGAAUUUUCUGUAAAUAUUAACCUUCUUUAUCCCCUUUUGCCCUUUGGUGUUCUCGAUGUUUAUGUUAUUAGGGCUUUUUAGUUUUUGUAUCUUUGACUUUAUGCAUGUAAUAACCUGCGAACAUUUGUUCCUCUUGUUUUCUCCUUCAUCGGAUCAUGAUAUUGUACAUCUUUUUUAACACCAUUUCCUACUUUGUAAACUAGAACUAACGAUUUUUGUUAACUAAAUUUGAAGAAGCGUUCAAAGUUCCAAGGUAAUUUCACCAUCCUUUCUCCUCUUGUAAACCUUAAAAAUGGUGUCAGAAAUUGAACUGCCACGAGCAACGCGAUUAGUUCAUAUUUUGUUUUUUCUCAGGUGGAAGAAUGUAAAGCAAAGAAAACCAAUCUGCUAAAGGUGCUUUUGAAAGGAGCAGGUAUGCCAAAGUGGUAGUACAAAGGGCACAGCAUCCUCAGCUAAGUAAAUAUACCACUUCUGCUGUUUCCUGACACCUUAUGUCUUCAUUUCUUCCAAAAGAUCAAGGCAAAUCUCUAGUUCUGCUGCCUCCUCAUGGAUAGUACCAUCAAGGAUACAGAGUUGUGGAUCCAAGUGACUUGAAAUGGUGGCAACAAGCUCUACUAAUAAUCCCUGGGUGCACAGUUAUAACAUCCGAGGCUAUCAGAAUCAAAAUCUUACAGGGGAAUUCAAUUCAGACUAUAUUCCGAGUAAUCUGGUAUGACUCUGAUACGUAACUUUGAGUUGAGCUGAGUGAGAAAAUACGAGACAUGCAAAUUUUGAAUGAGGAAGCAAUAAUAUGGCGUGUUGAUCACUCUGUUGGUACCAAUUUGAUAACUUGAUAAACCUCUGUUAGGCCUUGUUUUGUAGCAGAAUGGAAAUGGGUGCCCAAGUAAUUGUAAUUAGGUUGACUGAAACAGGUCGAUAUGGUGUUUAUGUAAUUCUCAAGGUUUGAAUACGUUCACUCAUAAUACUUGAAAUAAUGGUGUAAGCAAAUAUUUUCUUAUUUAAGUAUCUCAUGUAUUUCCGGUGCUCCUCCCAUGUUUAAUGAAUGCUUAAACAUCAUCUUUGGAAAGUGAAAA